GGCUUGUGACAUGGCCACAGAUGUAGCUGAGCCUGUGGUUCCUGACUGCAGAGGAGACGUAAGGAGUGGUCCCAGGUCAGAUGCUGACUAUCCUCUUCGGGUUCUCUACUGCGGAGUCUGUUCAUUGCCAACAGAGUACUGUGAAUACAUGCCUGAUGUGACUAAAUGCAGACAAUGGUUAGAAAAGAAUUUUCCAGAUGAGUUUGCAAAACUUACAGUAGAAAAUUCACCUAAACAGGAUGCUGGAGUUGGAGAAGGCCAAGGAACUGCGGGAGAAGAAGAAGAGAAGAAGAAGCAAAAGAGAGGUGGAAGAGGUCAGAUAAAACAGAAAAAGAAGACUGUUCCACAGAAAGUUACAAUAGCUAAAAUUCCUAGAGCAAAGAAAAAAUAUGUCACAAGAGUAUGUGGCCUUGCAACGUUUGAAAUUGAUCUUAAGGAAGCACAAAGGUUUUUUGCUCAGAAAUUUUCCUGCGGUGCCUCAGUAACAGGAGAAGAUGAAAUCAUCAUUCAGGGGGAUUUUACAGACGACAUUAUCGAUGUAAUCCAGGAGAAGUGGCCUGAGGUGGAUGAUGAUAGCAUUGAAGAUCUUGGAGAAGUCAAGAAGUGAAAGGCUCCCUUUAUUUAAUGAUAUGGUUAUCAAUGAUGUAGCCAAAGUGAGGCUUCGAAAUCCAUUUGCUCUGCAGUGAAACCACGGAGAACCCAUAUCCUUGGCAUUUUCACUGUUCUGUAUAGGCUGCUUGAGUGUUUUUUGUUGUGAUACUUGCCAAAGCUAAAUUGGGGUUUUAUCAUGCUUACACAUGAGGUAGAUUUAAAUAAAAUUACUGUUCCUCACUGAA